CGGGAGUUUCCACCUGCCUUUUCAAGACAGACCCAAUAUUAAAGUUACUCGGUUCCACUGAAGCUUUCGAAGAUUCAUUCAUUGUACCCAGGUCAUGAUUUCCCGGUUCGCAAAGUCUUUUCUGACGAUUGUCCUUUGCCUCUUUCUGCUGGCCACAAUAGCAUUCCUCCACCCCCCCUCCCGCGCGUAUAUCGACCCAUGGACUGGCGACUUCUUCGGUGAAGGCGGUGUUGAACAGGAUCUACGUCCUCCUCUGUAUAAUGGUGACAGGCCUGCGUCAGCACAGGGAGGUGUGAUCAUGUCGAAGUUGGGGAAUGAAACUGCCAAGGCAGAACUCGGUCGUGCGACGUGGAAGCUGCUCCAUACUAUGACUCUACGGUACCCUGAGCACCCAACACAAGACGAAAGAGAUGCUUUAAAUUCGUACUUUCACCUUACGUCGCGCCUAUACCCCUGUGGCGAAUGCGCAGCUGAAUUUCAGGAAUUGUUAACGAAAUUCCCGCCACAGACAGGAUCGAGAUUGGCAGCAAGUCUAUGGCUGUGCUCAAUACACAACAAAGUCAACGAACGAUUAGGAAAGCCGUCAUUUGACUGCGCUCACCUUGAUGAAACAUAUGACUGCGGGUGUGGAGACAACAAAACAACAUCUGCAGUACGACAGCCAGUGCCAUCUGACAACGCUGACGACCCAAUGGAUUUGGAGUGGGACACUGUACGAGAUGAUGUUACUGGUGUAGGAAUGAUCAAAGGUGGGAGGCGGUAGCCACCUUGCUGCAAAGUGUGUUUGCGUCGGGUCUAUCGGCUUUUGUGCUUCUAUCUCUGAUAUUUUGGGUGCGAUUGUAUAUAACGUCCUUCCUGUCUUUACUUGGAUAUACUGAUAUUUCGAUGUACCACGUGUCCCAGGUUGGUUCAACAAGGCUGGGCAUUCACAUUAAUAUUGUUGAUCCUUCUUCAUUUUCGCUGCAGUGAUGUUGCAGGCUCCUUCGAAUUCUCUCAUAUCUUGUGCCCAAUACAUAUCCUAGCAAUUUCAAACUGCCAAUUUGUUUUCUAGACUGACUCGGAACGCGUGUCUCGAAUGACCUAG